AUGCCUUUCGAUAUCUUUCCCGUGUACCAAGAGACCUUUUUUCAAGUGCAACCUGGCGACCAACCACUUGUCGCAUACGAAUGUAAAUUACAACAAGUCGGCUGCGGAAUGUUUGUGGAGGGAACAACCAGCGCAAUAUCCGCCCACCUGCGAGGACACGGCAUCACCGGUCCAGACACCGCCAGUACAAGAUGCACGUGGGGUGACUGCUCGAAGACACUCAAGAGGGGAUGCAUGACAAGACACAUCCUUACUCACCUCGGCAUCAAGGUGCGCUGCUCUGUGUGCGGAGUCGUGAAGUGCCGUCACGACCUCCUUCGUGCACACACCAAAUCCUCAGAGCAGUGCCGUUUCGCAUUUGUCAAUAUCGUCCAUGGGCCAGAAGGACAUCUUCUUGUCCCUGAGGGCCCGGCUACCGCACACCAGGUCCAAUGA